UUCUUUUCUACCAUUUUUGCUGAAAUCAGCUUGUAAAGUUCACAUUUUUUGAGCUUCGAACCUUCAAUUUCAACUUCUAGAUAACUGGAUUUGGGUUAGGACAGGUAGAUUUUGCUAGGAAACAUCUAUUCUAUGCAGCACAUCAGCCUGAGGCAACAGAACUCCAAAAUUCAAGCAGUGGAGAAGCAUUUAAAUAGAUGCUUUGAUGCUCGGAAAUUUGGAGAAUGGAAAACUGCAUUGUGGGAAGGAGAUGCUGCGAUUGCUGCCGGAGUUGACUAUUCUCCUCAGGCUCAUUUGAUUUUUGCAAUGGUCCGGGCUCAAAUAUUACUUGUAAUGAUGCAGGCUUAUCAGAAUUCUGUUGCAAUAUCAAGUGCUAAGUGUAAACUGCUGCAAUCCCAUACAGAACAGUCAAAUUUGUGAAAGCAGACAGAGACAAAAUCGUCAAAAUUUGAAGGUUGACCAUUGUAUCAAUUAACUAACUAGCUUUUUUUAGUUAUAGAGUAUUAUUUAUUGUGAACUAUGAGAGAAAUAUUUGUAAUUUACAAGUACAUCAAUUCAAUAUAAUUUCCAAGAUG